AUGUCGAUCGAAAUAGUUAAAAUAGCGAAGGAGCGCAACGUUCCGCUUUCACCCCUACUAACGUCAUUGGCAAUAAACAACCACUCGCCAUCCGAUCCGCUAUCGAUAGUGUCCCUCGCGUGCAAAAUACACAACCUGCCGUGCGUGUUCAGCCUUCCGCCCAGCCACACGGAGAAGGAAAUACUGGAGGCGCUGGAGUACAACGUGAACAUCCCCGAUACUGCGCAGAUCAUGGUCAACAUCUGUCAGGUUAUAAAUUUAAGCGAUAGCGAAAUGCUUUACUAUUUGGAGAGGCUGCUGGUUGUGCAUCUUGAUGACCGGAUAAAUGUUUUUAACUAUUUUGGACGUGGACAGGAUAUGUACAAGGUGUGUUUAGCGCUGCUGAAAGAGGAGGAUUUGGUGUUCUAUGAGAUUAUCAGUGCUGAGAGCAGAAGCAGCGAUGUCGAUGCCAUAAGAGAGAAGCUGAGGAGCGGUGUGAAGGAAGGUUCGUAUUAGGAGUAUAAAUAAAUGUAACACAUUGUUCUAGCA